GAACCCAAACUUGGCAGAGAGGUACAGAAAGCGUCUGAACAAGAUCCAAGCCGAGGAUGUGCCGAUCGACAUCAAACCCGUCAACCCGCCGGACGUGUUCUGCUCGGAGCCGCAGGAGCCCAAGCAGCUGUUCUGGGUGCGAGCACGAGGGUACAUAGGAGAGACCGACAUGAAGGUGCACUGCUGCGUGGCCGCCUACAUGUCCGACUACGCCUUCCUGGGCACGGCCCUGCUCCCGCACCGGCAGUACCGCAUCAAGUUCAUGGCGUCCCUCGACCACUCCAUGUGGUUCCACGCGCCUUUCCGAGCGGAUCACUGGAUGCUGUACGAGUGCGAGAGCCCCUGGGCUGGGGGGUGCCGGGGGCUGGUGCAGGGACGGCUGUGGUGCAGGGACGGGGUCCUGGCUGUCACCUGCGCGCAGGAGGGAGUCUUCAGGGUGGAGCAAACGCCGAACCAGAGCAAGCUGUAGCUGAGGAA